AUCUUUUGCAAAGAAAAAGGGAAAAUGGAGAUGCAACUAUUUCAUACUACGUUUAACUAUAUUAGUAUUUUUCUAUUAAGAUAGAUUUAUCCGAUACAAUGACGUAACCACUAGACUUACAGUCUUCGUUUUUCCAUUCCAUUUUUUACGUAAACAUUACCGAGUAUUUUAAUUCGUUUAAUGACUAAGAACAUUAAAGUAAACAAUAUGUGUUAAACUUAACAUAAUUUCCUUAAUAGUAUAAGCCAUUAAAUAAUAAUUACAAAUAUAGUUGUAGUUAGUUCAGUCAUGCGUGUUUAAAUAUGCAGAUAUGUUCGUUUGUGUUGGAGAAAUAGACCGUCCGUCAUGGAUGAUUAACAGUGUAGAAACAAUCACGUUAUCAUAUACUAUUUAAUUAUUUUUAAAAAGACUUUUCAAUGGUUAGUUGCAUCAGCUUGAACAUGACGUGUCCAUCUCUUUUGGAAGAGGAAAAUCAAAGUAAUUGAACGCGUGUGUAAAUAUGAGGAAGAAAAUCAGGGCUUAAGGUGUGCGUGUGUGUGCGUGUGUGUUAGGCAUCGAACAAAGCACAUAAUCGUGUUGCGCAAGCGAUCGAAACAAUAAGAGUAUCAUCCAUUGAAGGAUUGGCCUUCGGAGAACGACGAGAGGAAGAAAAAAAAAACGUCAGAUAGAUAGAGAAGUUGUUGUUGUUGUUGUUGUUCGGAUGUACGAUCGUGAAAGAGGUGGAGUUGUCGAAGCAAAAGAAGGAAGAGGAGGAGGAGGAGAAGAAGAAGAAGGGCAACAGUGUCGAUGGAACAACCUUCGAAAAAGGACGAAGACGAGGAGGAGAAGAAGAAGACAAGAUUUGUAACAUCUCGAGGAUGGUGAUCGGUGGUAUCACGAGAUUCCUCGUUCUCGUGCCCGUCACCGUCUGUGCCAGCAUUUCUUUACCCUUAGAGGAUUACCCUAAAUGCAACGAUCGCAGAUCUCCACCUCAGACCCUAGCGAUAUGUCGUUACGACUCGGAUUGCAUGGAAAAUGCUUACUGUUGGAAUCAGAAAGCUUGCUAUUGCAAAGACGGAUACGUCGUUUACAGGAACAACAGCAAUUACCAUUGCUUGAAAGUGGCCAACAACAUCGAGGAUACCUGUAUGGCCGAUGUCCAAUGUCACUUGACCUUUACCCUACAUUCCGAGUGUCGUAAUCAAGUUUGUCAGUGUUCUUCCACGGCACAUUUCGUAAACGGCAGGUGUUACGAAUCCAUUGGAUUGGGUAGAAUAUGUCAAACGAAUCAUAACUGUUAUGUCAAAGACAGUUAUUGCGUGGGUGGUUAUUGCAUUUGCGAUAGUAGUCAACAUUCUAAUCCUGAGAGAACAAAAUGUAUCAAUAAUUCUUAUUUAGGUGACAAAUGCGAACAGGAUUACGAGUGCGUAUCGGAGAACACUAGGUGUAUGGAAGUAUGCAAGUGUAAAGUCGAUUAUGUACUUUCUGAAGAUGGUACGCGAUGUUUGAAGGCAGCCAACUCUGUUGGUGAAGGUUGCCAAGAAGAUUUGCAGUGUCAGGAAUUUUUACAGAACACCAUCUGUCAGGAAAACGUUUGUACGUGCGUGGACAAUUAUCAUCGUCGUGGUCCUGUCUGUAUCAGAGAUGUUGGACUGGGUCAACGUUGCGUGUCCCACAACGAGUGUGUAACUCAAACCUACAAACAUUCCAAUUCAACCGAGUUGAUGAAAGUUGAUUGUUUAAAUGAUCGUUGUACUUGUGCAAAGGAUUAUAUAAUUUCUCAAGAACUGGACGAUUGCAUUCGAUACAGCGAAAGUGGUGCUACCAGUUUGCAAGCUUAUCUCUUCUCUCUGGUAAUCUUUGUAAACUUAUCUAUCUGGAUAAUGGAAAAGAUUACGGAAUCGUAAAGUACCGAACCAAAUAGUAAAACCACUGCAAUGCAACAUUUACCUUCCUAGAUGAUUAUUUUAAUUAUAUAUAUAUAUAUAAAUAUUUAUUGAAAUAUUCCUUAACUUGAUCGUGUAAAUAAGGAAGAAAAUUAGCGAUAGAUGUAGAAUGUAACCAAAGACAACGGACGUGUUAUACGCGUAGUAUUUAUUUUGUCAGGAUUUUAAAUAGAAUUUUUAUAUUAUUUAAGCCUUUCGUGUUAGGGCAUGAACGAAACUGUUUGUAGGUUUUUAGUAACGAAAGGAAACAGUAAGGGAUAAAACAAGAUGAUUCAUGGAAAUAAAAAUGAAAAUGAAGAAAAAAAUCAUUCUCACCACUUACCAUCCACAUAAUAUAAAAUAUUACCA